AUGUUGUCUCUUGGACGAUCCUUGAACAAAUUGACACUUGUGUCAGCUCCCAGAAUUGCAUCAGCCACAGCUUGUACAGUUCGUCAUUAUGCUUCUGUCGGCAGCAAUGGACAACACAAAAAGAGACAUGAGGCUCUCAACAAGGACAACGUGCCUCAACUCGAUAAACUCGAUUCUAUCCUCGACUAUCCCACCGAAAAGCCAGAAUCAUUAGAUCAGCCUAAAUUAUUCACCUCACAUCGCCCUUCUGAAGUUGUGUUAAAUGCCGUUACAGACAUCAUUGAUUCGCCUCUCAGUGCUGGUGAACAAGCCAGUCUGAUGAAGAAAGCACUCGUCAUUAAACGUGUUGUCAACAUGAAUGGUAAGGGUAAGCAGCCCAGCAUGUAUGCGCUUGUGGUUGUUGGCAAUGGCAAUGGAUUAGCAGGCUAUGGUGAAGGCAAGGACGAAGAAGCCAGCCGUGCUGUACGUAAAGCUACCAACAGAGCCAUCAAGAACAUGCGCUACUUUGAGCGUUAUGACAAUCGCACUUUGGCAAUGGAUCUCACACACAAAUUUCAUGCAACCACUUUGGAAUUACGUUCAAGACCUCCAGGCUUUGGCAUUCGCACAAAUCACUAUGUUCAUGAGAUCUGUAGAUGCAUUGGUUUGCAAGAUAUCAGUGCCAAGGUCAGAGGCUCUACAACACCCAUGAACGUCAUCAAGGCAACAUUUGAAGCUUUGUCGCAUCAGAAGCAACCUCAAGAUAUUGCUAAAAUGAGAGGCAAGAAGUUGGCUGACGUGCAACACGUUUAUUACGGUGGUCAAUAA